UGGUUUUGCUGGAUUGGGGUUUUCAGUUUUCACACUCUCUGUGUGACCUAAGCUCCAAAGCUCCUCCACCUUUGUCAUAGUGAAGAAGAACAAGUAGCUACGACCUCCUCUACUCUUCUCCAUCCUCGGAGUAGCAAUAGUGUUGUUGCAGGAACAUGGCGAAGCAUCAUCCUGAUCUGAUUAUGUGCAGGAAACAACCAGGAAUAGCUAUUGGAAGGUUGUGCGAAAAGUGUGAUGGUAAGUGUGUGAUAUGUGACUCCUAUGUGCGCCCCUGCACACUUGUUAGGGUCUGCGAUGAGUGCAACUAUGGAUCCUUCCAGGGACGGUGUGUUAUCUGUGGUGGUGUUGGAAUUUCUGAUGCUUAUUACUGCAAGGAGUGUACUCAGCAGGAGAAAGAUAGAGACGGGUGUCCAAAAAUUGUGAAUCUAGGAAGUGCCAAAACAGAUCUGUUCUAUGAAAGGAAGAAGUAUGGUUUCAAGAAAAGGUGAUCGUUCGCUUAGCUUAGUGAGAUCAUUUUGUUGUGCUCAAAUAUUGCCGCUAGCUUAUAUUACUAUCAGUCGGAUCUGCUUAGCAAACGUCUUCAUAUAGGACUCUGCUUACUAUGUGUUUGGGCUGCUCUUAUUUUUCUUUACGCAUAUAGGACUGCUCCUGUUGUUGGCUCUUUUGGAUGCAUUGUCUUGUUUCCCAGUAUGUGACAUGUAGUUGAGGAAUGUAAAACGUUGAAUCAGCUCUUGUUCAUUGUUGUUACUCAGUGACAUCUAUCCAUGGAUGCCUUUCUCGGA